AUGGCCCGGACGGCGUCAGGUGCAACCCGACCUUCGGAUCUCAUCUCAUGGUCUCGUAAUGGCUUUAUUGCCUAUGCCUGUCCUGUCCAGCACUCUAAAGACAAUCUCUUACUCACUUAUCUAGAAAACGUCAACGGCAAUUCGUGGAAACUUGCUGAGCCUCAGAGUAUUUCGGUCAAACUAGAGAACAACUUCCUCUCUGAGUUGGCGUUGGUGGAAUGGAGUUACCUUAGCACUGACUUGGCUAUCUCCGAUGUCUAUGGCAAUUUCUACAUUCUUCUUGCUGGAAUAGGCUUGCUAGAGCCUGGUAGUGAAAAACUGACAGUCAAUCUGGAUUCGUCAGGUGCGGCAUCAACAGCGGCGGCUAGUCAGAAUUCACCGAGCUACGAAUUGACCUCGUACAACCAUAUGGAAAUGAUCUAUCGAGAUAUCAUCAACCAGGACCCCGCGCUUCCCGUGAACCCUGGCGCUGCUAUUGUUUCUUUCAGUUGGUUAAACAUCGAAAAGGUCCAGAUCAUCAACAAGCCGGCAGCUUUAGUGACUUUGGAGAACCAAAAUUCCUCAAACUCCCCCUUUGUCUAUACUUAUGGAGUGAACCAAUUCCAGCCACACGGAGUCACGCAUCCGAUUCUGACCAAACAGGCAUGUGUAGCGUUGCGACAGAAUGGCCAGUUUACUCUCUAUUUCCAAGGGGAACAUAAGGUGGAGUACCACAAAACGUCUGUAGCGCUCAGUGACGAUAUCGUAAUUAUCACCAAAGCCUCCAUAGGUUUUACCAACGACAAGCAAAUAGUCGUGACAGCAUAUGAUUCUGUAACCAGAAACAUCUCGACUUAUUCUGUCACUGUAGAUUGGGGUUUUCUCGUCGAAUCUGCCAAACGACAGAAGGUGGAUCCUCAUUACCAUACACCCAAAGAAGAGCAUAAGACUCCCAAAUUGAACGUGACCAGGAUCCUGGCCUCGAUUCCGGUGCCCACGUUCUUGGCAGCAGCAGAGGAGGAGGGAAUGGAUAUGGACAAGAUGGACGUAGACGCAGACUCAGAAGACGGAAAUCAGCCGCUGUACCAAAUAGGAAGCCUAGCUUCGAUCGAUAUCAUAUCUGCUGGGGCCGAAAAGGACUCAUCUUUAGAUAUCCUUAUCAGCUACACUUUUGAAGACGGUUCUGGUAUAGCUUCUUCCACUAUCUACAGAUAUAGUUUGAGCGAAGAACUGGAGCUUAUACUGAGCGCGUUUGGCGAAUUGGGAGUUCGUAAAAAUGUAACUGCACCAGCAAAUAGUCCAACAGUACAAACUGUGACUUUGCAAGACAAGCUAAUACGUUCAGGCACGAUCCAGUCGAUAACGACAGCGUUGUCAGACUACUUCAUUCUCUUGUAUUAUCUUGAUGGCCAUGUAGACGUUGUAGACAGAAACCUGAUGAAAAUCGUCAACAAUUCCGACGAUACUAAUUUACCUCCAAAGACUAUUUCGUCGAUAUUCGAUGUCGGCUUCAACUUCCCAAAAAUCGACAACAGCUCCAAUCUCAUUAUGGCCGUUUCGCCCAACCUCACAUCUGUAGCUUACGCCGACUUCAAGGGAGGGUCUACUCGGUUGAAUUUGAAAGUUUUUGAAAAGGAAAAAUACCUUGGAAUUUCUCCCAAGGAACUCUUUGCUACGUCAGUGGGGUUUGCCUUCCGUCAUGCCUACGCUUGUUACACCAAUACGUGUUCUGACGAUUUAGUUGCUUUGAUUCAAACUGAAAUCGUGCGACUUCAAAUUCUGCUUCAAAAGACUAUCACUGAUAAACCACACAAUAUAGAAAUGAUCAUCAAGAAGUUUGUGGAGUCAAUUGUAAGCGAAUCUCAUAAAGCAAUAAACUUCCAACUCGAUGCUUUCAACAAGGAAUCUGUAGACAAGUUGCUUUCCAAUCCUCCAUUACAGAAGUUGUUAUCGUUGCAAUUGGUUCUUGGGGAAUUGCAGGAUAAAAACUCCAUAGUGAGCGACAUUGCCUGGAUAGUCUUGAACUUGAGGAGUACGAGUUUCGGCAUCAUGUUCCUGUUGUCUAGUAUCUAUAGGCAGAUCUCCAAG